UUUCCAGGAAUUAUGCAUCUUAACUAUAAUCACUUUCUUCUUUUUACUUUAUUAUUAAUUACUAUAUUUAUGUUGAUUACAGUUCCAUUUCCUGUUGAAAGUACCGAUCUUGGUAAACCUUUUAGAAAAGGAUGGAAGAAAACGGCUCAUUUUUUUGAAAAUUUAGGGUGA